AUGCUGUUGUCUGACUGCUUUGGCAGCUCCAAGCCCGCUGGCCCCCGCCGCUCCUCGCCGCUCAUGCAGCCGGCGCCCGCCGAACUCACCGGCCGCGAGCGCGACCUCGCGGCGCAGGCGGCGACGGCCGCGGCGCAGCAGGAGGGGCCGCUGGAGGAGCGGCGCAAGGCGCAGCUUGAGGCGCGCAAGGCGGCGUCAAAGGCAGCGGGGGACCAGGUAGCCGCCCAGUGGGACGAGAUGGUGACAUACCGCAGCAUGACGGUGGACGAGUACCUGCAGCAAGUGAUCCAGGGGCAGCGCGAGGAGCGCGGGCCGCUGCCGGAGGCGCCGCAGCGGCGGCAGCCGGAUGUGAGGCGUCUGAAUUACCUGAGGAUGCAACAGCACGAGAUUAUCGUCAGGCGAAUGGAAGACAACGAGAAGGCCCUGAUCCGCAUGGACCCCCCCGGCGCCGCCGCCAACCGCGCGCUGCUGGCCUCGCUGGCCCGCCGCACGAGUUACUCAAUCUCUGAGGUGCGUGACGUUAUAAUGACGUACCACCAUCUCAGGGACCGGAUCGACGCCCUGGCGGCCUGGCGCGACAGCGGGCGCCCCUUGCCAGACCUGGAGGACGAGGACGAGAAGGAUGAAAUCAUCAAGACCAUCAAGAAGGAGCGCGAGCAGGCUGACAUGGACGUACUGCUGGCACGCCGCGACCGCGCCAACUGCCCCGUCCGCCCCUUCAUUCGCCUGGUCGGCCGCCGCGCCGAAUGCCCCAACACAAAGCUGCCCUAUGCGCGCUGCUGUGGCGCCGAGGUGCCGGAGCGUGCGCGGGCGACGGGCGCGCAAGGGCGGCGGGCGAGCGUGCCAGUGAACGGCUGA